AUGCAAUCUUCCAUCAAGUUGCGAAUUCUAGGAGGCAUGGAACUUGCACAUCUACACGAAGAGACGGGGACUGGGAAUGGGACUGGGACUGGGAUAGAGAGCCUAGGGAACCGACUUACUAUUCCUGAGCAAUGCGGAGGCCAUACGAUGUGGAACCCGUCGAAUGGCGCGAUGGAUAUUCACCUACAUCUUGGCUAUGUGCCACAACGCCUCAUUCUCCUCCUUGGAACUGAACUCCUAGAGAUGAGAACGUCCCUCUUUUACGCCCUCAACGGGGCCCUCGGGGUUGUAGCCCACGAGUCGCUUGCCCAUUUCAAGAUUGAAUCCGGUAAAGAAGAGCAUCGCUCUCUUGAAGGAUGUUCAAAGGAUGGCAAGCACAAGUGGGUUCCCGACCCUGCGACAUUUGUCUUCCCUGAGAACGACUACAAGCCUGGCAACUCCUGGGAUCUCUGUGUCGGCACAUCUCAUUGCGCCCCCCACGAGGCCUUGACUCAGGUUUCUUUCGAUUUCAAGGACAACGGCAUCGUCUUCAACUUCAAGCAUAUCGACCACUACAAGUACGAAGAUGUAGCCGUCUACAUCGAGCGUGGUCAGCCACCCACAGAGGACUCUUUCAAGUACAACAAGAAGAGCGACCACUGCAAGGCCAAGAACGACUACAAGGAGGCCAAGUGCUUGGUCCCCUUCUUCUCCCUCUCGGAUGGCGGCUCUUACGGCGACCUCUGUCCCCUCGAGGACAAUGGAGGCUGGAGACUUUACAUCAAGGUCAAGGCUACCAUUUCCCACGGGCACAAGAAGUACGAGCUCUACAGCCGCUCUCCUGAUAUUAACGAGAAGUAUUUCGUUCUCAGCUACACUUGCGCUGAGUGCAAGGAGUAUAAGCACAAGAAGAUCGAGUUGAUUGAGGAGAAGGAAGAAGAGGAAGAGGCCGAAGCCGAAGAAUCUGAAGAAGAAAAGAAGUACAAGAAGAACAAGGAAGAAGCAGAGGAAGAGGCCGAGGAAGAGAAGAAGAAGUACAAGAAGAAGAAGGAGGAGGAGGAGGAGGAGAAGGAGGAGGAGGAAGCUGAAGCUCAGGAAGAGGAAGAGAAGAAGUAUAAGAAGAAGGAGGAAGAGGAGGAAGCCAAGGCUGAGGAAGAGGAAGAGGAAGAGAAGAAGAAAUACAAGAAGAAGGAGGAAGAGGAGGAGGCUGAAGCCGAGGAGGAAGAAGAGAAGUACCACCCCGCUUCAUCCAAUCGAUUUGUCAGUACUAAUGCCGCUACAGGCACAAGGAACACCACCAUGAGCAUUACCACAAGCAUCACCAUAACCAUGGUCACAACCAUGCUCAUCGUCAUGGACACAGACACGGUCACCUCCACGGUCACCUCCACAAGGAGCAUCAUCAUCAUGAUCACCGCCAUAAGAAGCAUCAUCAUGACCCUCAUCACAAGGACCAUCAUCAUGAUCCCCAUCACAAGCAUCAUGCCCGUUCAUAUGAUCAUCAUGAUCAUCAUGACCACCAUAAGAACCACGACCCUGGACAUUACCAUCAUGAACACCACGAUGGCCACAAGCACCACGAUCAUCACGAUCCCGGACAUCAUCACGGUCACCACGGUCAUCAUGGUCAUCACGAUGCUUACGAUCACUACAAGCUCCAUCACUACUAUGAUCCUAGCAGCCACCGUGACUUCAAUGCUUUCUUGGACGAUUACUUCAAGCACUUCGGCUAUCACUACCACCGCGAUGAUCCCGGUCAUCACCAUGGUCUCCACUAUGAUCCUCACAAGCACCACCAUGGCGAACAUCACGAUGGAAAGUACCACCACUAUGAGCACCAUGAUGGAAAUCAUCACCACAAUGAGCAUCACGGCCAUCAUCACGCUGAGCACCACAACCAUCACCACGGUCACGACGAGGGUCACAAGCACCACCACGGCGAGCACCAUGAUGGGUACCACCACCACCAUGCUCGUGGCUUGCUUGAGGAUGACGGAGAGAAGCACCAUGGUCACGGACAUAAGCACCAUCACGGGCAUCAUCAUGGCCAUAACCACAGCCACGCUCAUGACCAUAUCCACAAGCACCGCCACAAGCACUUCGACGACCAUUACCACUAUAAGCAGCAUCACAUUUACUACGACUACAAGGAUGAUGGUCACCACGACGGACACCACCAUGGUUAUGAUCAUCAUGAUCAUCACAAGCACCAUUAUGGUCAUCAUCAUGGUCACCACGACCCUCACCACUAUGGUCACCACUAUGGUCAUCACGAUGGCCACCACGGUCACCACCACCAUGAUCCUCAUAAGCAUCACUACAGCCAUGAUUUCUGUCUACUACAAGGAAAAGUCCGAUCACUCUCGCACUCACAUUAAUACCUCCAAGAAGGAAAAGGCAUCUCAGAGUGAGCUUGAGGCCGAGAAGCACAAGAAGCUUUUGGAAGAGGUCAACAAGAAGCAGGAGCACAAGUACAAGCACAAGGAUGAUCCUGAGCACCAGUAUCACUCCGAAGAGGACAAGUACAAACAUGAGAAACAGCACGGGCACAAGUACAAGUAUGGACCUAAGUACGAGCAUGAGCAUGAGCACGAGCAUGAUAAGAGGUCUGCUUCCGUGCAUGGUGGUUACAAGAAGUCCGAGGAAGAGGUCAAAGAGAUCCUGAAGGGACAUUUCCAAGAGGCUCUUAACAAUUUCCACCGUCUUCACUUCGGAAAGAAGGCGCAUAAGCACUACGAGCACGAGAAGCCUGAGGAGAAACACCACUCUGGUCACCACGAGCACAAGGAUCAUGAACCUAAGAAGCACUACUCUAUCCACGAGCAUAAGGAACAUGAUCCAAAGGAAGAGCACAAGGAGCACCACUCAAAUGAAGAUGAGCAUGAGCAUGAGCCCAAGAAAUAUCAUCACGAUCAGCAUGAGGAACAUGAGGAUAAGCCUGAAGAGAAGCAUCACUACGACCAUCAUGAGCAUAAGGAGCAUGAACAUGAGCCUACCGAGUACGAAAAGUCCUCCCACUACUCCGCCAAGAAGGCGAUCUUGGAGGAUGAGAAGGAAAAGGCCAAGCACGAGGCUUUGGAGAAGCUUUGGGAUGCCCGCGUCACUCAUGAGCGCAAGUUCAGAGAGAAGCUUUUUGUCAUUGAUGCCGGACACUGGGGUGGUAAGGGCGCCCACAAGCGCUCUCUUGAGUCCAAGUCUAACAAAGCUACCGAGGCUACUGAGUUAGAAGCCAACAGUGCCAAGGUAGAGGAGUACAUUGAGGAGGCUGAGGACAACAUCUCCAACGCUAUCGAGGAGGUCAUCCGAAAGGCUGUUAAGAAGGCCGGUUCAGACCCUACCUCUGGAACUAUCCUCAAGUACGUCAGGAAGGUUGAGAAAGCCAUCAAGAGUAUCAUCGCAGAGAACAUCAAGAAGACCAUCACCUACAUCGUCACGAUUGAAGGUGUUGCAGAGCCUGAGGAGGAAGUCGUUAUUGAGUGCCUUGCUCGUGCUAUCAGCGAAAUCAUCAAGGCUGCCGACAAGAUCUUCGCCAAGACCCUUGAGGCUCUGGGUGAUAAUCCUUCAGAUGAGGAGGUCGAACACGCCAUCGAGAAGGUUCUGAAGCUUCUCGAGAAGAUCAUCGACAAGGAAGUCCGCAAGGCCCUCAUCGCCAUCUUCGAGUUGGAGGAGGAGACCGCUGAGACUACUGAGUCCACCGAGCAUGAGAAGUUGGAUAAUCGAAGCAAGGAUGGUAAGCACGAUAAGCGCUCUGAUCCUUAUGACGACACCACGGUCGAGAAGGCUGUUGAAAAGACCGUUGAGGAAUGGGCUGCUAAGUACGUCGAAGCAGAUGAGAAGGAGCAUAAGCCCCUGAAGCGCUCCGUGCGAUUCGCCCGACUCUACAACUGA